AGUGGAGAGCAGACUGGCAGCAGCUGGACUUGGAGGAAUGGGAGGCAAAGGAGGAGAUGUACACUCCUCAGUUAUUCUGCCAAGAGCUGAGCUGUAACACAACACAAAGUGGGGAGAGACAGUGAUAUUCAGACAUGUCCACGAGUCCUCACAGCCCUGCAAGGAGAGCCGCCCUGAGCCCAGCAAAAUAAUGAAAGGAACACAGAAGCAUCUUAGGAAGAAGGACGUGAGAUGGAGCAAAAAGGAAAGGAAAACCUUCCUAAUUCAAGAUUCCAGAGGACUAUCUUACCAUCUUUGAAGAGUCGCCGAUCAGUGGAAGUUGGGAAACAGGCAGGAAAAGGUCCUAAAGAAUGUGAGAAUAAGACAGAAUCUGUUUCCACCAAACAAGAAGUUGUGAGUGAUAUCAGCAAGGCAAAAGUCAUCGAAAGUUCUAACGUUUCAAGUGGUGGUGCCCCAUCAACCCGCAGACCACUCUGUGAUAACAAUCGGGCAUGGCUCAAGCAGAAACCAGCACCAGGCAAAGUGGUCAAGUCUUCAGCAGAGAGACUCACCCCAUCAGUCAGAUUGGAAGAGGACAGCACCAUCCAGCCCGCAGAAAUUAGGCCGAGAUUCCAUGUGCCAAGAGUUGCUGUGGGAAACACAGUUCCCCCACAAGAGGUUAAGAUAGUUUUGGAGACGAAAAAAAUCCCACUCAGAGGUGCAGUCUGCAGACAGCAAAAUACAAAACCCACAUCAGCCUGUACUGGAUCUUCCCUUCAGUCCAAGAUCUCAACCUCCACUGGAUCAUCUCUUCAGUCCAAGAUCUCAACCUCCACUGGAUCAUCUCUUCAGUCCAAGAUUUCAACCACCACUGGAUCAUCUUUUCAGUCCAAGAUCUCAACCUCUACCGGAUCAUCUCUUCAUUCCAAGACUUCAACCUCUAUUGGAUCAUCCCUUCAGUCCAAAACCUCAAACUCUGUUGGAUCAUCCCUUCCGUCCAAGACUUCAGCCUCUGCUGGAUCAUCCUUACCAUUAAAGACAUCCACUGAUUCAUCCUUGCCACCAAAGACUUCAAUAUCUACUGGAUCAUCCCUUAAGUCAAAUAUAUCUAUGGGGUCAUCCUCUCAAUCAAAGACAGGAUCUACUGGGUCAUCCUCUCAGUCAAAGGCAGGAACCACUGGAUCAUCUCCGCAGCCUGACACUUUAGCCUCCAUUCACCCUUCAAGUUCACAAAUAACUGCAGUUCAUGCAAAAUCAGUUUCAGUUUCAGUGGAAAAUGGCAGCACAAAUUCAUCUAGUCAUGCAGAAGUCAAAACUGCAGUGGAAACAAGUUCCAUUGCAACAGUCAAAUCCAGUACUCAAGAACCUUCACUAGAUGUGCCACCUUCAUCAUCUGUUGAUACUCAGGACAAACCAAGUACAGAGCUAAAAAACAUGGUCCCAUCACAGCCUCAAAUAAAUGAAGUUGAUGAAAGCAAGGAAAAAGAACAUGUUGCUUCAGUACAGUCUCAGACAGUAAAUGUAGCUCAUGAAAGUCAAGGUAAUGAACAAGUAACAUCCGCAGCUUCAGAGAAAAUAUUAUCUGAUGAGAACAAUAAAACUGCAGAUGCUAAAGAGUCUGCUAAAUCAGAGACAUCCAGCAACAGUGAUAAAGAGUCUGGCAAGAAAGAAGCAGACAGUAGAAAGGAGCUUUGGGCCUUGGAUAAUUUUGAGAUUGGCCGUCCACUGGGGAGAGGCAAGUUUGGUAAUGUCUACCUUGCAAGAGAGAAGUCAUCUCACGUGAUACUAGCUUUGAAGGUCAUGUUCAAAGCUGAUUUGUCUAAAGCUGGUAUCAGUCAUCAGGUUCAAAGAGAAGUUGAAAUUCAAACACAUCUAAGGCAUCCAAAUGUUCUCCGGAUGUAUGGGUACUUCCACUGCGAUAAGCGAGUGUACCUUCUCUUGGAGUAUGCUCGUCACGGGGAGCUGUACAAGGUGCUACGCUCUCAGCCCAACAGUCGCUUCACUGAAUACCAUUCUGCCAAUUAUAUUGCCCAGCUGGUAAGUGCACUAAAAUAUCUACACAGCAAAAAAGUUAUCCAUCGAGACUUGAAGCCAGAGAACAUCUUGAUUGCAGCUAAUGGUCAGCUGAAGAUUGCAGACUUUGGUUGGUCUGUCUGGUCUCCAAAUGAAAGGAGGACAACUCUUUGUGGCACUUUGGAUUAUCUACCUCCUGAGAUGAUUGAAGGCUGCAAGUAUGAUGAAAAAGUUGACAUCUGGUCCCUUGGAGUCUUGUGCUAUGAGUUUGUGUGUGGGAAACCUUCCUUUGAAGCUGCCAAGAAGUCAGAAACUUUCAAAAGAAUUGCUCGAGUUGAUAUUCGGUUUCCUCAGUUCUUGACAGAUGAAGUUGUUGAUUUGAUUUGCAAGCUGCUGCGCUAUAAUCCCAAGGAACGCCUCUCUUUAGAUGCAGUAAUGGACCAUCCAUGGAUCAAGAAACACUACAACCCUGAUGUUCCACCUCCAAACCCAUGUGCAAAUUAAAAGUUUGCCCAUCUAAGUGUGUGUGUGUGUGUGUGUGUUUGUGUGUGUGUGUGUGUGUGUGUGUGCUGGAGUUCUAUAGAAAUGUAGAAGAAUGCCUUGUAAUUCUGUAUUUAGAAUAGUACAGUUGGUGUACUCCAUACUCACAUAAUUCUUAGCAAUGGUUGUUUUUACUUCAGUAUUUACUCGGUUUAAUGCAGCAAGACCAGAAUGUGAAGAACACUUAGCCUGGUGUAAUCCACAGCAAAAUCAUGCCAUAAGAGUCCAGAU